AGGGGACAGCUCGGUGCGGGGAAGCAGGGCGGCGGCUCCAUGGCGGCCCCGCGGGCGGCGGAGCUGCAGAGCCCGGCCGAGACGGCGACGACAGCGGGGAGCGGCGGAGGGGGAGGUCCGGGGGGCUUCGGCCCGGCCCCGGGCCCGGGGCUGGCUCUGGCUCUGGGCUGCGCGCUGAGCGGCGCGGCGCUGGUGGUGCUGGCGGGGGCCGUGCCGCGGGCGGCGCGCCCCGACCCGGCCGUGCCGGCGAGGCAGAUGGAGAGGCUGGAGGCACGGGCGGCUCGGCUCCGAGCACGCCUAGAUCGCUGCACCGUGGCCGGCUUGGCGUUGCUGGCCCUGGGAGGGCUCCUGCUCGCCGCCCUCCUGCUGGCCGCCGCCGCCGCCCGCCGCCGAGCCCGAGCCGCCCGCCGCGCCGGGGGCACCUACGGUUCGGUGCGCCUGAGGAUGCGCAGGGUGUCGGCCGAGGGGGCUCAGGCUCUGCUGGAGAGCCAGCUUAGCCCCCCGCCUCAGCCCCCCGAGGGGCCGGGCUCUUAGCCCUGCGCCGCCCCGGGGCCCCCCGUGCCGCCGGCAGAACCGGGGCUCCCCCCGCAGCGCCCCGGCACCCGUGCCGUCGCAGCCCGGUGAGGCUUUGGGCACCCUCCUGGCUGCCCUGGCCCCUUCUGGGGUGGGGGUCCCAGCCAGCAGCAGCGGGGUGACACGGCCUGGGGACACACCGCUCGCCUCCGCAGCCCCUGCCGCCAGCACCGGGACGAUGGCACCACCAAGACACCCGUGGGACUCCCACGCCACAGUCGGUGGCAGACGGGCAUGGACACGAGGCCGAGCUCCCCGUGGAAGCGGCAGACAGCUCCUUCCCGACAGCCAGGGCUGCUCCUCUCUGGGACGUAGCGCCGAAUUAUUCUGCCAGCAGCGACCUUUUUUAGCAAUAGUUUCUUGUAAAACUGUGGCGUAGAGUUGGCGCUCGCACCGCUCUGGGCAGAAGGGGACAGCCAGCACGACCGAUAUCCAUGUGGCAGCAGCCAGCCCCCGGCAGCCCCCAGCCUCUGCGUCCUCCCAACCCCACUGCGGAGAGCGGAACGAAGUCUGGGACCCCGCUCCCACCAGCAACCCCACAACGGCCUCAGAAACCAUGGUGCUCUGUCCGGGGGAGAGAGGACAAUUCACGGCGCCUCGAAGCAACGUGGUUCUUCUCCUGUUUUAGAUAAGCAGCUGUGCCCCGCCGGGGUGCCUGGGCGCCAGCCUUUGUGCUGUUCGCAAGAGCCAUUGUCUGCGGCGUGGAGGCAAAAAUUGCAUCUCGGGAAUUAAACAUGAAGCAUCAUUAAAGCACAAUGUUCUGUGGAAAGAGAAA